GGUACAUGGGCGUGGUUCAAGCCGGAAUCAUCCUUAGCCUGUUGUUGCUGACCACAUCUGUGCUCUGUUUGCUUCUGGAGGUAUGUCUCAAGGCUAAACACUUUCUCACCACACAACUGGUUGGGACUGGCACCAACUCGGCCACCACACAACUGGUUGGCACCGGCACUAACUCGGCCACCUCUCACCUGACUCGAGUCGACAGAGCAGUCUCUAUUGCAGCAGCAAUGGGAG